CCGGCGCUCCCGGCAGCCGAGGCUGUGCGCCGCGCGGGGCUGCGGAGCCGAGCGCACUGUCCGGCACCAUGUUCCAGGGUCCCGAGGCCGACUCGGCCAAGCCCAGCUCCAGGGUGUUGAAGCCCCCAGGAGGAGGUUCCAGUAAUCUUUUUGGGAAUACAGAAGAAGUUUCUUCUUCAAGCAGGCCACAUCGGAUGGCCUCCAAUAUCUUUGGAGCAUCAGAAGAACCUCAAAACAUUCCAAAAAGAACAAACCCUCCAGGAGGAAAAGAAAGUGGUAUUUUUGAGGAUUCUAAUUCUGCUCAGCCUCGUCCACGGAUGAAUCCACCUGGGGGGAAGACAAGUGAUAUCUUUGGGUCUCCUGUAUCUACCAGUGUUGUGCGAGCACACCCAAACAAGCCUAAGGAUCAUAUUGACUUGAAAGAAGAUGAAACACCAAAGAAGCUAGAAGCUACAGAAAAUAUCAAACCACAGCUGGAAGAUGGAGGUGAGAAAAAAGAUGUGGGCAAAGAGGAGCGAGGCAAGGAGCCAGACCCCAAGAUAGACAAUCACGAGCCCCGGCUGGGGCCAAGGCCACGCUCGCACAACAAGGUCCUCAACCCACCAGGGGGCAAAUCCAGUAUUGCCUUCUAUUAGUGUCACCUGUCACUGAUGGAGCCUGCACAGAAACUCUUGUUUAGAGUUGCGAGGUCAGUUUAGAGGCUAUUGUUUGUGGAUAGGUUCUUAGGCACAUGGACAAGGGUGUGUAGGAAGGGUAACCUAAUGAUCUGGGGAGGGAGGGCUGGGGAGGGAAAAGGUGCUAUGUGGAAGAUGUGAGUAUUGGACUGCCUGGGUGGGGGGCAGCAGGGGACAUUAGUGUAACAUUGUGAAAGAUCAGUGCUACUUUGUGAUGAGUUCAUCCCACUGUUAGGUUCUUGGCUAGCUAGGGGCUUGGGGCACUGCUGUGAAGUCAGGCUUAUCCAUGCAGUCAACAUGUGGAACAUUAUGGGUGGGAAGGGACAUGGGGGUCACAUCUGAGAGAUUCUGAAGCAUGGCAAGUAGGACCUGUGCUCCUCUAGGCACCAGGAUGCAGCUUCACAGUGUGAGUGGACUUGCAGUCACUUGAAUGUAAAUAAGUUUCACUGGAAGCAGUAGAGCUACUGUGGUUUUGAGUUUCUUCAGUCUCUCUUUCCCCUGUCUUGCUUUGCAGCACAUGAUUGCUGAUACAGGGACAAAACAUGCUGAAAGUUUUUUUUUUUAUAUUCACAAACCAUUGUAUGUUAAUGAAUGUCAUGGUCUUCCCCAGUGUUUGGGCCCUUCUGAUGCCUUCAGUAAUUUGCUGGUUACUACAACUAGCUCCUGACAAGUGAUACUGUCAGUCCAACACUUUCACAUAGGUGCUUCUAGACUUUAAAUAAAAGCAUCCUGGUUGAGUGCUUGCA